CCAGAAUCCAAUGCGGUGUUGCAAAAGAUGCGAUUGGCAGAUGAAACGUCGUUUCAGGAAGUAGUGCGUGGAAACUUAUUCAUUUGCCGACUGAAAUUUCGCGUGACCGUCUGCUGUUUAGAUUUUUGUGUGCAAGUGCUGGGAUGACUGGAAGAAGAAUUGUGGUGUUUACCUCCUCAGCAGAGCUGGGUCCAGCGUUGACCCACCUGGUGACCUCCCGGGCUGAGAAGGCCAUCACCUCUCACGGCAGGUUCACCUUGGGUCUCUCAGGAGGAAGCCUUGUGUCCAUGCUCAGCAAAGAGCUGCUUGCUCUGCCCCAGCUGGACUGCAGCAAGUGGGUUGUUGGCUUCUGCGAUGAGCGGCUGGUUUCUUUCAGUGAUCCAGAAAGCACAUAUGGGGUUUACAAGAGUCAGUUGUUUUCCAAGAUCAACAUCCCUGAUAGUGGAAUCUUAACCAUCGACUCCUCUUUGCCAGUGACUGAGUGUGCAGAGGAUUACACGCGUAAACUGAAAGAGGCCUUCCCAGGUGAAGACUUUCCUGUGUUUGACCUAUUACUGCUGGGUAUGGGACCUGAUGGACACACUUGUUCUCUUUUUCCAGAUCAUCCCCUUCUGGAGGAAACGAAGAAGAUUGUGGCUCCUAUCAGUGAUUCUCCCAAACCUCCACCACAGCGCGUCACUAUGACUUUCCCAGUGGUGAACUCUGCACGAUGUGUGGCCUUCAUCUCAACAGGUGGAAGCAAAGCUACUGUUUUGAAGGAAGUUCUGGAGGGUGGAAAGGUUUCACCGUAUCCAGCAGCUCGCGUUGUCCCAACCAAUGGAGAACUGUUUUGGCUCAUUGAUGACCCUGCAGCUGCUGCCUUGACUAUCCAGGUAGAAAGGCCUGGUGCAGGAGCCAAACUGUAAAGCUCUCAGUCUGGUGAUGAAUCAGGACAUCAACACUGUUUAUGAGGAAGUACAGUAUUGUACAACACUGCGUGGGUGAAAUUCUCAAUUAGGACACAUAGAUGAAUUAACAAAAAACAAACCUGCACUUUCUGGUUAUUUGCAUUAGUGUUUCUUACUGUAUGAAUGUAAUGUGUAUUGGGACAUGGGUUGGAUGUUUUAUUUAACUCAAGACCAUGGUAACUACAUUACAGCCUGUACAUUACUGUUAUACUUGUAAUGCAUCUAACACUUGAGGGUUAUUGCCACAUAUGUGCCCCACUUUGAUGAAUGUUGAAGUGAAGCUGUUGUGAUGUUGUCAUUUAUGUCAUUUUUGGGUUUGUUUUUUGUCUUUUUGAGACCAUAUUCUGCUUCAAGUGUCCCUCUUUGUGUUUGAACACGACUACAAACACAUCUUCACAUUCGUCUUUUGGUGUGAAUUAAACGGACCAAGUUACCAUGUUUAAAUACUGCAGCCCUACAUGUGAUGUCUACAGUUGAUCUCAACAUUUGACUGCCUGGAAAUGCGUUUUAAAUUUCUGAAAUAUCAAAUAAAGAAUGACUUGUUUGAUUGUAAAUUAA